ACCAGCUGCUCUAUAUAUAGCUUCUUUGGCCUCCAUCAGACCACACAGCUAAACCAACGAGCUUUGUGCUUCUGUUUUUCCAGCACUAAAGGGAACAGAAAAGUAGCAAGAAUCAAAAUGAGCAAACCCAAAAUUGUCAGACCAGAAGAGAGCCAGCCAGCACAUGCGGUGUGGUUUGACAGAAAGAAAUACGUUACCGUCAACUUCUUUGUUCAGAGACCUAAAGAUGUCCAGGUUGAUAUCCAGGAAGACAAAUUGAUUUUAUGCUGCAAAAACGACACACACGAUGUCUUUUACAAUGAGCUCCACUUCUAUGAAACGAUCCAGAUCAAUGACUCCAGAGAAAGAGUCUAUGACCGCACCAUUAAUUUCUUGAUAAGGAAAAUUAAACCUGAUUACGCAUGGCCUCGUUUGCAGAAGGAUCCAGAAAAGCCCAGUUGGAUAUCAGUGGACUUUGAUAACUGGAGGGACUGGGAGCAUGAGGAAGAUGAGGGAAAGGAAGAAUAUGAAAAAUAUAUAGAUAUGAUCCAAGAAAUGGCCACCAAAAAAGGAGAAAUACCAGAUAUGGGUGAUCUCAGUGAUUUUGUUUCCUCUGUAGUAUCCUGUGUCCCUGCGGAGCUAAAACAAGAAGUGAAUGGAAAGAAAGAAAUUCUCAAAGGCUUCAAUGUCAGACUUCAAGACACCAUCUUAUUUCCUGAAGGAGGAGGUCAACCAGAUGAUCAUGGACUGAUUGGAGAGGUCCCAGUUUUGAGGGUCACCAGACAAGGACCAGAUGCCGUACACUUCGUGGCCUCGCCUCUGCAGGAGGGUCAGGAGGUGCAGCUGAAGGUGGACUGGGAGAGGAGGUUCGAUCAUAUGCAGCAACACUCAGGUCAGCAUCUGAUCACAGCUUUGGCAGACACCAUGUUUGGAUACAAAACCACGUCCUGGGAACUUGGGCGUCAGAAAAGUACCAUCGAACUGGAUACUCCCUCCGUGAAAGAGGCGCAGCUUCGGGAACUGGAGGAGGCUGUAAACGAGAAGAUUCGAGCUCACGUCACCGUUAAUGUUCAGCUUCUCUCAAUAGACGACCCUGCAGUGGAAAAGGUGAGGAGUCGAGGGCUGCCGGAUGACCACGCCGGACCAAUUCGGAUCAUUGAUAUGGAGGGGAUUGACGCCAACAUGUGCUGUGGAACCCAUGUGUCUAACCUCAGCGACUUGCAGGUUAUAAAACUGCUUGGGACCGAGAAAGGAAAGAAAAACAAAACCAACCUGAUAUUCCUGGCGGGAAACAGGGUUCUGAAAUACGCAGAGAAAAGCUAUGGCACUGAGCGUUCCCUGGUGUCUCUCCUGAAGACAGGACCAGAUGAACAUGUGGAGGCUGUUGACAGGCUGCAGAAGUCUGUUAAACUGCUCCAAAAGACUAACCUGAGCCUGCUGCGCGACAUGGCCGUCCUCAUUGCUCACAACUACAAAAACGACCCUCAAAAGAGCAACUUCUUCAGCUUACACAAAAAAGAGGGUGACAACGAGUUUAUGAAUAUCAUUGCCAAUGAAAUCAGCACGGAGGGAACGUUGGUUUUCCUGUCGGUCGGAGAGGAAAAGGGCCCCGGUUUGUUUCUCCUGGCCGGACCCAGUGGACCAGUGGCUGAAAUGGGGCCACGCGUUUUAGAGUUGUUGCAGGGGAAGGGUGCAGGGAAGAACGGGCGUUUCCAGGGCAAGGCCAACAGCCUGGCUCGGAGAGGAGAGGUGGAGGAUCUACUGAGGGAGCACUGCAAACGGCACAAAGGAGGAGUAACGCCAGCAGACAUUCAGUGAAAGAAAGCACUUUAGUUCCAGUUCAUCAUAAUGUACAUAUUUAUGAUUUAUUCUUACUGACUCAAAUUAGGCCUAAAUAAAUCAAAUUAUUUUAGUUGACUUGAAUGAUUUGCACAUUUCCUCCUGGGAUCACCUCUGGGCCGUGAGAUGGUCUAACAAAGUCAAGGAAAAGUGCUUAGAAAAGCCUGAGUUGAACAUAUCAUGUUUUUAAUUGAUCAUCUGAUGCAAACGCUGUAAUUUUCUUUCAUGAAAAUACCCCGAUCCAGAAUUUCCAAAUCUGAGGUGAAAUAGCCAUUAUUUACCCGUGAGAUCUUGAUGGUUAGGGUUUAGCGAAGCCGAAUACCCAGAAGAUAACCUGGUCUGAAGUCCUCCAGGUUUUCUCUGGCAGGCAAGGAAAGGAGGAGGGAGGGAAUGAGCGCAAGAAGCCUUGUCAUUCAUUCAGCGACUCACUUCCACCCUCUAGUGGCGUUACAUGGAAGUACAGCCUAGUGUUGGCUGGUUACCAUGGUGACUAGUGGCGCUCUUACCAGCAGCACUAAUGUUUUUAACACUAACCUCAGAACCGUUCUCAUUUCAUAGGCCUACUUGGUGAGCUACUACAUAUAUUUGUAGUUUAUGGAAACAACAUUGUAUAUAGUCCCGGCCUCUGUACAACAUGUGCUGUACAUAACUGGACAUUAAAUGUAAAGUUUCUUAACUUAAAGUCGUCAUGUGUUAAAUCUGAUUUUGCAAAUGCAUGAGUUACUCAGUUACAUACCACAUUGUUGUAUCUCAAAUAACCAGACCAUUUCUUGCAACCUCUGGCAGUAUAUAUAUAUAUUUUUUUACAUUUAUAAUAUGCUGCCUAGUGUCUAAAGGCAGCUAAAUCUGCAAUUAAUAACAACCCUCACAAAAAAAUAGAAUAAGUAAAUAAAUAUUGGAAGACAAAGAAGAUGAAAUAAGAUACAAGAUAUAUUUAUAUUUAAAAGAUCUGUGAAACUGAGGGGGGAUAUGUGAGAGAAGUGACACCUAUUUUUUCCUGUGGCAUUUGGAUGAAUACACAAUGAGGAAAAGUGACAUCCUGCCUUGUUAUUGAUUCUGAUAGAACAGUCACAUAAUAAAUACAGCCUUAAUUGUUGCAGCGUGUAGCCUACAAACGGUAACAUUCAACUCACUGAAACAUAAACAUUGAGCACAAUCAGAUUUUCAGUCAUCCCGGAGGGACCUGGGACUGCUCCAUAUCCAGAUGACCCAAGCCGGUGGUUUGGGCA